UGGCUGCCCUCUCAUUUCCCGCUGUUCGCUCCACACCUCCAGGCAGGUCGAGUCCAGGCAGGGGAGCCGCAGCUCCUCCAGCAACUUCAACAAUGUCUGUGCUUCUGCUCGGUUCGCUGCUCUGUGGAGCCUUAACCGCGGCGGCGGCGGCCGGGCCGGACGGCGUGCCUCAUCUUUCCCCGCGCGGGCCACCGGCGGUGGGCUUCCGCUCGUCGGUGCGGUCGGUGUGUCGCCCCAUCCCCAGCACCCUGUCGCUGUGCCACGGCAUCGGCUACCGGCGCAUGUGGGUCCCCAACCUGCUGGGCCACGACUCGCUGCGGGAGGCGCAGCAGCAGUCGGCCGCCUGGCUGCCGCUCAUCUCCAAGCGCUGCCACCGGGACACCGGGAAGUUCCUGUGCUCGCUCUUCAGCCCGGUGUGCCUGUCCGAGCUCCGCGGGCCCGUCAGCCCCUGCAGGAGCCUCUGCGAGGCCGUGCGGGACGGCUGCCUGCCCGUCAUGAGCGCCUUCGGCUUCCCCUGGCCGGAGAUGUUCAGCUGCAGCCGCUUCCCCGGCGGGACCGAGCUGUGCAUCCCCCCCACCGGGGAGCAGGAGGGGCCGGAGGCAGACCCGGCCGGGAGCCCCGGGCACGGAGAGGAGCUGAAAGGCAGUGUUGUCUGUGAAGCCUGCAGCCUGGCUGCUGAAGGAGAGGCUGAAAUCCAGGAAAGCUUCUGCCACAGCUCAUAUGCCUUUAAAAUGCGUUUGGCCAGCGUGUCGACCGUGGGAGGUGACCGCCAGUUGGUGCCCACGGCCCGCAGUCGCAUCCUGAGGUGGGCAGGAGGAGGUGCGGAGAGGGCGGAAGAAGUUGGAGGCGCGAUGGCCCACAGUGCUCUGUGGCUGCAAGAAGGAGCCACCUGCACUUGUCCGAGCUUAGACUCCACAGAGACGCACCAGGAGAACCUGCUGGCGGGGGAGGCGAUUGACAAGAGACCUGCGAAAGAAGAUGGGAAGGUGGGAGCUGGGGCCCAGAGUGGGUGGUUUCUGGCUCUGGCUCAGGCUGAGGAGGGGCGACUGGUGGUGACUCGACUGACAAAGUGGACCAGAGGGGACAAGGAGCUGAAGAAAUUCAUCAGAGCACUCCUUAAACUCUCCUGUCCAGAGGUUUAAACAAGCAGCAGUCCUCUCUCCUUCUGGAUGUUGUUAUAUAAACAUCUUGAAUCAAUUUAUACAAAAUCUAGCCGAUAGGAGAUUAAGUUGCAAACAACCAGUAAGUAAUCAUUUCUAUAAAUGUUGAAUGGGAGCGUCGGUUUAACAAACUGAGCAGGUGCUUUUACAGGGCAAACACGUGAGUUAUCAGUUACACAAUAUUACAGCAUGUAUGGGGACGUGACGGCAGUCGUGGUUGAUGGUGGGCGAGUGUUCCAGAAGCGUCUACGUGACGUACCGUAUAUUUACUUGGGUGAGGUUUUUGUAGUUUCCUGUAGCUGCAAGAGACAAAAUGUUAACCACUUAAACUUUUCACUGAAGAGUAAAGACUAGAGUGAUGUGAACUGAUCAUGAACUUUUUUUUUAUUAUUUAAUCAGUGUAUAUAUGUACAGCAGUGUAAUUUCUGGCAUUCUUGUAAUGGUCAAUGUGUUUUCAAAAGUGCCUUUAUUUGAUCGACAGGUUGUUUUUCACAGCAGCUAAAACCUCAAUGUGGCAGUUUUAGUGAAAAUUAAAUGGUGGGGGGGGGGAAAUGACUGCAUUUGGCUCUGAAGAGAUUAGAAUACCAUUGGAAGAACUGAUAGUUUUGUCAGUUCUUCCUACAGCGAUAAAAUUUCAAUUUUUAGGUGUAUAUUUUGACUUCUGUUGUGCUGAUUUUGACCUUAUCAAAGAUAUGGAAAAGGAGAUACUGUUUUAUUGUACUUUUAUUUUUUAUGCCAUCAGAAAAAAUGUAAAAUACUUGCACAAUUCAAUUAAAUUGGGGG